CAGUCUACACAGAGGGCUCCAGGUCUGUGCAGCUUCCAGCGGAGCCUAUAAGUAUCAGUGGAGGGGGCGAGGCGGAGACAUUACACCUGAGAGAGAGCUGGAGGACAGGUGACGGAGGCUGAAGAUGGCAGAGAAGGGGUCUUCCGGCCUUGUGGCGAUCAUUGUAUUUGGAAAUGUGAUUAUAAUGCUCUGUGGCCUGGCGCUGUUCGCCGAAACCAUCUGGGCCACUACAGACCCAUACUACGUAUACCCGGUGCUGGGGGUGACUGGUAAGGAUGACGUGUUCGCAGGCAGUUGGAUUGCAAUCUUCUGCGGUUUUGCUUUCUUUCUCCUGGGAUUGUAUGGAAUAGUGGCGGCGAUGAGGGGCAGUCGCACCAUGCUGAUUGUGUAUCUGGUGCUGAUGAUGAUCGUCUAUAUAUUCGAAUGUGCUUCCUGCAUAACGUCCUUUACACAUCGGGACUAUAUGAUAAAUUCCAAUAUAAUCAAGCAGCAGAUGCUUAGGUACUAUGCAGAUAAUUCUACGAAUCAGGGCAAGGAGAUAACCAUGUUCUGGAACAGAAUCAUGCUGGAGAAAAGUUGCUGCGCUGUGGAUGGGCCUGCCGACUGGAUCAACUACGGCUCAACUUUCCGCAAUAUCUAUCCUGAGACGACUGCACCCUGGCCGUUUUGGUGCUGUGCAAGAGAUGACAACUUUCAGAUCAAAAAUCAACCAGGCUGCAGCGUGGGACUUUCCCCGUACAUCUACGCCCAGGGCUGUUCGGACCACAUAAUACACGCCAUCAACAGCUACACUUGGGGCAUCUCCUGGUUUGGGUUUGCUAUCCUAAUGUGGACGAUGCUGGUGAUGUUUGCCGCCAUGUACCACUACUUUAGCAUGUGAGGCCUGAAAUUUGGACACUGUAUGGAGGAGACCCAAGGAGGAUUAUCGCAGGGAUCUUGAACCACUAACCCUCCUACAAUUAUUUAGGACUUGUUGCUCCUCUGUGAUAAGCAGUACAUAUAAUGUAAAUAAAAAAUACAUUUUGGUGUCACCAUGGACUCCCAAGCUAUUCUUGGCUUGGCAAUUUUCUCAUUUUGGAGGUUACCUGUAAAUCCAAAAAAAUGCUUUUGGGUCACACUUUACAUCUGCUUAAAGUAGGUAUAUUAUCAACAUGGCAGCCAUUUUGUGUCCCUUGAAGAAGCCAAUUUGAUGGUUUGUGGAAGGUGGGUCCUCUUGAACGUUCGAGUACUGUUGGCGAAGGUUGCCGUUCCACCAUCAUCAGAAAUACGGAUAUAAUAUUUCAUCGUCCGCCGGUGAUUUUAUUGUAUAAGCGGUUUAUGUUCUGGUAUUUUUUUUUUCACUACUUUUUAUAUAAAUUGGAAGCUGAUUAAAAUCGCUAUCCCCACCCCGAUUUAGGUUUCAAUUGUUAAAUAUGGAAUGCGUUAAGGAAAAUGGGACCCCCCUCACCCCUUCCGAGCUGAGAAUACAUUUUUGAUGAAGCUGA